AUGGCUAUCGAUCCUCAACCCAGUUCUCCCUCGCUGUCCUCCGAGACUAUUGCCAACGACACUAUCGGCAAUGACAACAAUGUCAACGAACCCAGCGUCGAACCAAAGACACAGGAGCAUCAGCAUACAGUACCACCUCGGCUCUCUCGAAUCUACAGCCAAGCGCACCAUAUCAGCAAGUCCUUCAUCGAUCAGAACUACCCAGGAGAAGGCACAACACAGGCUCCCUAUCGCAUCAACUUCCUCCCCGACGAUUCCCAAAAUGCACAGCUACUCCCCCGAUGGAAGAAAUGGGCGUUUGUCCUUCUCCAAUCUCUGGCAUGUCUCGCCACUACAUUUGCUAGUUCAGCAUUUUCGGGCGGUAUCAAGCAAGUCAUCCGCGCGUUUAACAUCUCUCAAGAAGUCGCUACGCUUGGAAUCUCCCUCUAUGUGCUUGGCUUCACGUUCGGGCCUUUGAUCUGGGCGCCCUUGUCGGAGCUUUACGGGCGCAAAAAGGUCUUUUUCUUCACCUUCAUGGUUGCGACGGCGUUUAGCGCUGGGGCAGCCGGAGCAGGUUCCAUUGCUUCUUUGUUGGUUUUGCGUUUCUUGACCGGGUCUAUUGGCUCUGCGCCUCUUUCGAAUGCUCCGGCGUUGAUUGCGGAUAUGUUUGACAAGUCGGAGCGUGGCCUGGCUAUGUGUAUGUUCUCGGGAGCCCCUUUCCUUGGUCCCGCCAUCGGUCCUAUUGCAGGUGGCUUCCUUGGUGAGACUGCCGGUUGGCGUUGGCUCCACGGGCUCAUGGCCGCCUUUACUGGCGUCACCUGGAUUCUCUGCACCGUCUUCAUCCCAGAGACAUACGCACCGUACAUUCUGCGCAAGCGCGCCCAGCACAUGUCCAAGCUCACGGGUAAAGUGUACAUCUCUACUCUCGAUGCAGACAAGCCACCAAGUUCGGCUGUUCACCAGCUCAAGAACGCCUUGACCAGACCUUGGCUGCUGCUGUUCAAGGAGCCUAUCGUCUUCAUCACCUCCAUCUAUAUCUCCAUCAUCUACGGCACCAUGUAUAUGUGUUUUGCCGCUUUUCCCAUCGUGUUUCAGCAGGGGCGAGGUUGGAGCCAAGGUAUUGGCGGCCUUGCCUUCACAGGUAUUGUCAUUGGCGUUAUUCUGUCUAUCAUCAGCUUCGCUUUUGAAGACAAGCGAUACGCUCGCGCUGCUCAGAGGAGAGGUGCGCCGAUGGAGCCUGAAGAUAGGCUGCCCCCAGCCAUCAUGGGUUCUCUUCUCAUCCCAAUCGGUUUGUUUUGGUUCGCUUGGACAACCUUCCCUAGUGUCCAUUGGAUCGUCCCCAUUAUUGGCACCGUGUUCUUUGCCUGGGGUCUCGUACUUGUCUUCAUGGCCCUCCUGAACUAUCUCAUUGACUCCUACGUCAUCUUUGCUGCGUCCAUCAUGGCGGCCAAUUCUGCACUGCGAUCACUCUUUGGUGCCGCCUUUCCUCUGUUCACAAGACAAAUGUACGACGGUCUCGGAGUCCAGUGGGCUAGUUCCAUCCCAGCUUUCCUCGCCCUAGCCUGUGUCCCCUUUCCCUUCCUAUUCUACAAAUACGGACGCCAGAUCCGUAUGAAGUGCGAGUACGCUGCAGAGGCUGCCAACGUCCUCCAAAAGAUGCGGUCUCUUCACGUCACUGUCACAGAAGAUGACGCUAUGAACGAGGCUGAGGAGAUGUGGAGGGCCAGAACGCACAACAGCCACGUGUCAGCUGCUCAUAGUCAUGGCCAUCGUCGAUCCCUGAGCUACACUCGCUCUGUUUAA